AUGAGCGAGGCUCUUUCCAAAACUGCAACCGGCGAGCAAUAUCACGACUUUGGUGACGUCGCCGGCAUGAAUAUCGUGCAGACCGCUACAGACGAUAGAGUGCUUGUCGACGAACCAUCGGAGUUAGACCUCAUUACCUCUAUUCGGGGAAUGUACAGGAUCCUUGACCUCAUCACCGAGCAAGGGAGCAGUGGGCUCGUGGACAAGAUUAUCAUUGAUCAACAAUCGCUUGGGCGGCUUAUCAACGAUCUUCAACCAGGAGCAUAUGCUUCGUUGAUGAAAGUUGAUUUCGCGGCGCUCGACAACUUGAUCGUGAAGCCCAUCGGUUUGUAUGGAAGUAAAGAAGAGAUUGUUCGCUUCCUGAAGGACAGAAACGUCGUAAAUGGGAAGACGGCUGAUCUGCUGCGGCUCCCGAAUCCUGCUGCUGGACAACCAUUGCGCCCUCACCUGCGUUCCGGUCUAUACUUAUUGCGUGAAUCCGUAUCUGACCAAGAUCAUGGUAUCAUAUACGCAAUCUUCUGGCCCGAAGAUACGACCUGGGAGACAAACCCGAUAUCCACAGUCCGCCACAAUCGUAUGACCUUCAUGAGGUAUCUAACGAGAGUUGCGGACCAGAUCGUGGCAUUGAUUUCGGAUGAUGAUGCCACCAAGAUUAUCUGGCAGGUUGCAGAGACGCACAAACAAAGGGAGGGCGUAACCGCACGAUCCGGUUUUACGAUCAGUCUUCCUGCACCUCAGUACUCUGACCCUCGUUAUGCAGCAUUGAUUGAUGCGGCCAGGUUGGAACCACCGUUGAUCCCAGGCGAAACUAGGCAGGGUGUCUUGCAGAUUGAAUAUAUUCCUAUGCAGCAAAAGCAACACCAGCUAUCGGAGGAUGUACAGCCACUCAGACUAAGCAACAUCAUAGAGACGGAAUCAUUGCAGCUGAGCAUGGACCUGUCAGCCGAAGCUUUGGAAAUCCUGAUGAGCCAUGGGUUGCAAAAACGUGCCCCCAGAGCAUGCUCAACGUAUUUGGAGAGCAUUCACGCUUCGGAUCUUACCGAAAAGGAUUUCACGAACAAACGGGUCGAAAAGAUGCGUGUACAAUUGGAAAAUGAGACUCCAGUGUUGCGACAAGCAGUGCACGGCUUCGUUCUUAACGCCAUACGCAAGAACUUCUGGUGUGUAACAACUCCUCCCCCUGGUGAUCUAUCGUUACCUGAUGCGACUUCUGAAAGCCUAUCUGAUGAUCAACAAUUUGAGGUUAGAUAUGAAAGGGAAGUAAGAGACGAUGUACUUCUCGAGCAUCUUGCCUCACUCUACCCGAAGAUCCUGCUGGUAUUACAUAAGCUUGAAGAUCCUGUGACCUUCAGCAUCAAGUCGCAACCAUUCCAAGUGCGAAAGGAGCGAAUCAUGCUCUUAGACAUCAUGCUCGCUGGACGCAAAGAUGUUGAGAUGUCGCAGGCCAAGAAGCUGAUAAGUUCAUUUUUAUCGUCGGAAAAUACGAAGACGGCUGCCGAAUUGCUCAAGGAAUUUGAUUCGCAGUCAAAAAACUCGCCCACUUGGCAGGGCUUGCCGAGCUUUAUCGGAUUCUUCCUGCUUUCAAGCAGAGCAUUUCGCCAGCAGCUCAUCGACGCUCUGAAUUGUAUAGCCAAAACUGACGAUGCAAAAUUUCUAUCAUCAUUGACCGACAUUGUUCAUCGCAACGUGCUUCUCCACGAUGCUUGUGCCGAAGUUAAGCAGGACGCCCUUGAAUGGUUUCAUCGAGCCAUUCCUAAGGAGGUGAAUACCGUAGUUGCACGUAUCUGGCAAAUCCAGGAAGAAGCGUGCAAGGUCCAUAUCAAGGUAGAAGCCGAUGCGAAGAAGCAAAAGGAUCAUGCGAAUGCUCGUUCGACAUUGCUGGGCACAUUGAAAGACAAGCUUCUGCUGGAAAAGACCACUGAAACCCUUUUCAUCACAGACGUGCAGAAGCUAUCGAAAUAUAACCUCUGGAAUGUAUCAUAUCGUCUUCUAGGUCACCGUGAGAUUAGGAUGGACGCUCGAUUGCGCUACAGGAUCAAUCCGUUCUUCCUCACAGCGGAUGAUCAGCAACAAAUGCAGCUCAAUGGAUUGUUCGUUCCCACUCCUAAACUCCACUAUAAGUCCUCAUCAUGGUUUGAGCUGCCGGUGGAACAACGCAUCAUACAUGUACAAUUGUUGCAAAACGACAAGUGCCUCCUCAUAGUGGAUGACAAUCAUGGUGCAAUCAAAACCUUUCUCGAGGCGUCUCAUACCAUGCAAGGUGCUCUGAGCCGUUCCUCCUAUAAGAAGAUCCUGCAUCGUGAGAAGGUUGGCAGUAAUUGCAUGUUUGCAUUCGAUGAGCAGAAGCGUAUGCUCGCCGUGUUGAGCGCUGAUACGUCGAAGCUUCACAUUCUGGCAUUCGACGAAAAUUUCGCAUCGUUGCAGAGCAUGGGAAGUCCCGUCGACCUUCGUCCUUGGUAUGACGGAUCCGUCAUCAUCAACCAUAUGGCCUUUGUGUGCGGAAAUGAGGAGAUUGUUCUGGUAGACUACGCCUCUCGAGCACGGAUCUUCUCAUUUGUGACUCAACAAUUCCGACUAGCAUCCCUGCAGUUGCAGAAUCCCCCGAACAUAAUCCUCUCGUCUCCGGAUGGACUCUGUCUUUUAACAAUCAACAAUACUGGCGACAGGCUCUCAAUGCGCGCUUACCAUUGGUCAACUUUCGGGUCGACGGAAGGCAUCUCCAUCCGACUUCCUGACAUUGACCCGACCAGGACUAUAAUCACGUCCUUUGGAAAGCGAUCUCAUGUCCAUGUCGUCGGUGUUAAGCAGGACGCCCGCCUUUGUCAUUCAAUCGUUCUGGACAUCACCCACAACACGACGGAAUUCGCCUUCCAUGAAGUGGGGCAGAACGGAUCCCGCACCGUAAAUAAUGAAAGUGUCAAUCAGAACUUAUUCAUUGAUUGCCAUGCCGAUGUCUGGACCAGGUUCCCAGUGCUUCCUGCGGUCCAAAGGAAGACCAUUACGUCGUCAGCCCAAAGGUACCUCCGUUCCCUAUGUUUCGUUGCUCGCGACAAUCAUGACAACUACGCUGCCUACUUCACUGAUCUCGUGCAAACGUUUGAGAGGACCACUCGCAAACCAACUGGUGACAAACUCAGCAUGACCACUGUGAAAGCCGUCGACUAUGAAACAUUUGCGAACAAUGUCAUUCAAGACAUCUCCGCGUUCAGGGCAGGAGAAUGGCUUGUGGAUCUGCUUUGUCUUAUUCCGAUUCAUCUGGCGAUCACACGAGACAACCGUUUCAUCCCUCUCAGGGAUGGGGUGUUCUCCGCAGAACAAGAGCGAUCCCUCCUCAGGGCAGAUGCCGCCACCAUCAUCGACAAUUUGUCGUUUGGUUGGUAUGAGUCUCUAUUUCAGUCUCACAUCGCUUCAAAGCCGGUGAAGGUUGUGUCGUCAAUGGGCGAACAAUCAGUAGGAAAGAGCUUCGCUUUGAACCACCUGCUGGACACUUCAUUUGCUUGCUCAACGAUGCGAACGACGGAAGGUGUAUGGAUGUCUGUUGCACCUCUUGAUGAUAUGAUCAUUGUGGCUCUUGACUUCGAGGGUGUCCAUAGCAUUGAACGUUCGGUGCAAGAAGAUACCUUGCUUGUGUUAUUCAGUACUGCAAUAUCAAAUUUGGUAUUAUUCAGACACAAUUUCGCUUUGUCGCGCGAUAUGGCCGGAUUGUUCAAAUCAGUUCAAUCGUCAUCUUCCGUUCUCGACCCUGCAGCGAAUCCGAGCUUGUUCCAAUCGGCGCUUGUGAUCAUUAUCAAAGAUGUCGCCGACUCCGACAAAGCACAAAUUGUCAAGGAAUUCAGUCUGAAGUUCCAGCAACUCGAACGGGCCUCGAAUUUCAUCAGUCAAUUGCAUGGUGGGAAAUCAAUGAUUGUACCGUGGCCCGUGAUCCAGUCUCGGCAGUUCUACAUGCUUUUCAACAGCCUGAAGCGGCAUUUGGACGAACAGCAGGCGACUUACUCAGACAGCAGCGUUUUGUUGCAUACGCUGAAAACACUCAUGGCGAAAUUGAACGUAAUUUCGUGA